AUGGAUCAUAUACUUCACCUGUCAGAGGCUGUGUAUGUAGGAUUAUUUCGUAAAAUAGGGAGUCCUACAGAAGUGAGGAUCAGGAGAGAUGUGAGGGACACUGUGGAGGUGGUGAAGAAACCCGUACAUAUCAUGAAGGGGUUAGACAGAAUGUAUAGUGGGAGUAGACGUGAGGGAUUCAGACUGAGUACUUCAGAUGUAGAUUGGAUGUUUUGGCCUCCAGACCACAAGGUGAUAUGUGAUCUCUCUCAGAUCAGCCUUUAUCGUAUCGCUCAACACACCGUUAUCAUGAUGGAGUGUGAUGAUCUACCACCGGGAUUUACCAGACUAAAGCUGAUGAGUCCAUCUAAUGAUGAAAAAGUCAGAUCCUUCUGUGUAGAGAUCAAUGACAAUGUGUAUAUAUCUAGUAAAUUAUUCCGCGAUAAUCACUUAGAGUUCCUACAGUCUUAUAAUUUCGCCCCUUCUUAUAAAUCGCAUGGACCUUGUUCUACAUUUUGCCAGGAUGAAAUAUUAGAACUUGAUUGUGCAUUCUGUUUUCGAUCCCAUCACUGGCCGGCAAUAGCUUUACCAUGGAUACAAAGAUGUCAUCAACAAGGAUGGCCGUCCGAGGCUGUUAUGUCAGAAACAUUAAGAUCUGGGUUCCAUGUUAUUCCUAUCGGCAGCACACCUGACAACAUACAAGAAUGGAGAAUUUCAUUCUCUGUGGCGGAACAAAAACUAGUUUAUUCAAUGAAUCACACUCAAUUUUUAUGUUCUGGUCUUUUAAAAAUGUUUUUAAAAGAAGUGAUUAAUUCAAAUGAAGGUUCACCCAUUCUAUGUUCAUACUUCACAAAAACUGCUGUAUUUUUGGUAAUUCAAUAUAACAGCUUCUUGACUUGGACACCUGAAAACAUUUUGCCUUGUUUCUGGGAAUGCUUUAAAUUAUUAAUGUAUUGGGUAUUUACUGGAGAAUGCCCGAACUUUUUUAUUCCACAAAACAAUAUGUUCCGAUUUAAAUCAACUGGAGCUAUACAAACAGUAUUGUUUAAUAAGUUACAUAAAUCAUAUCGCAAGGAUAUACCAAGUCUACUACUGAGUGAAACGUUUAGACCGUUCCUCAGUCAGGCCAUUUUAUACAGAACAUUGAGAGUCUGUAUUGACGAGAGCAGUAUCAUUACUAGCACUGAACUUGAAAUUUGUUUUUUUGAGCAAAUUUGUGAAAAUGCCAAUCAAGUUUCAAGUGCUGUAGAAUUUCCAGCUCUGAUGAAGAACAUUGAAACAGAGAUAAAUAAAGGAUUGACGUCCAUCCAGGAGGCUACAGUACAAUUUAUGACAUCAGAGAUAUUACGUAACACUGCCAUGCUGAAACUGUGUGAUGUAUAUCAACAUAAAAAUCGAAAUAAGAUUUAUUACAAAGUUAGUAACGUAUCCAAAUUGUUAAAACUGUCAUGUACAUUAGGUUGUGUCUCAGAUAUUCUUUAUCUUGCUAUGUAUUUCUACAAAACGUGUAGAUAUGAACAGUCACUCACUUGUUUACAGAAAACACAGGACAGAAUGACAAAGCCAUACAUUAUAUACCAUCGUCAUGUAAAUGUAGAUAUGUUUAGACGUUACACGGUGGGAAUGUCUCUAUGUCAUAGAAUGAGGAAUGCUUUAGUGAUAAGUAUUGAGUUACACAAUCGGUACAUAUAUAUUGAUGAACUAAUUCUAGAGCAGAAGACCAGUAACGAGAAUGGUAUAGAUAUACUGUUCAUUCCACCUCUAAUGAUGUUACACAUGAUGUUAAUACUGAAUCACCACAGACUGGGUGACACAAUCAGGUCACAACAAUCCCUACAGGAUCUACAGACUCUGCUGCUCUGUGAUGUCGGGGUUUAUGUACCUCCUCCCCUCAGAGAUAUUUCGUGGCAAAUACUGGGAAUCUGUCAAAAAAUUGUGGGGACUUUCCGGGAGCUCUAG